CGUAACCAGCUGUAGCUUAACGUGAUCCUCUCUUCUCAUCAUCAUUUCAUUGAUGUUCUCUUGUUUUUCUCUGCUAAAUUAAAUUACUCUUCUGUCGAUGUCACAGCUGACAUCCAGUGUUUGGAUGCUACCAAGGUGCACAAAGGGUAGAGGGAAUAGAAAAGAACUUUUAAGCUAUCAGUGCACCUCUCUCGAAUCUAGACGCUUUGGAUUGGUUUAUUUGCUGUUGAGAGAUUAGUGAACACUGGAGGAAUCUUUCUUGUAGUGGAUGACUCAUUUAGUUUAUUUUCCCCCCUCAAGAGUACUGGAUGUAGAUUUUUCUUUCCUUUUCUUCCACCUGCGUGUUUCACCUAUCAAAUACGCUGUAGAAUCUGUUUGGACUUUUAUGGCGUGUGAAAUUUUUGCAGUAAGUGUGAAGUUUGGAGGAGCCAAGUGAGACAAAGCAUGGCUAAGUGUUGAACCCUUCUGUCCUGGGAGGCAGUCCAGAUAUGACCACAGUGUCCAUGGAGCCUGUGGGAGUCCUCGUGGAGAGGGGUGCCAACGCCACCGACCCCCCUCUGAGCUCACAUGAGGACACAGCCGCCACUUUUACGAUCGGCACCAUCCUUUCCAUCAUGUGCCUCGUCGGAGUCUCAGGGAACAUCUACACCCUGGUGGUCAUGUGCCACUCCAUGAGGACUGCAGCUUCUAUGUACAUCUACAUCAUAAACUUAGCUUUGGCAGAUCUGCUGUAUCUUCUCACCAUACCCUUUGUAGUCUGCACGCACUUCCUAAAGGGGUGGUACUUUGGGGACGCAGGGUGUCGGAUUCUGAUCAGCAUGGACUUCCUGACCAUGCACGCCAGUAUCUUCACACUGACAAUCAUGAGCACGGAGCGUUAUUUUGCCGUGCUUAAGCCACUCGACACAGUCAAACGGUCUAAAAGUUACCGGAAGGCCAUUGCUCUGCUGGUCUGGGCAGCAUCUCUCAUACUCACCCUACCAAUGAUCGUGAGCAUUCAGCUAAUGACAUUGGGCAACAAGGCCAUGUGCCAGCCCACACUGUCGCCACUGUCCUACAAGAUUUACAUUUCCUUCCUGUUUUGCACUAGCAUUGUUGCUCCUGGACUGAUCAUUGGCUAUCUCUAUAUCCAGCUUGCACGCACUUAUUGGGUUUCGCAGACGGAGACCUUUAAACAGACCAAGAAACUUCCCAAUCAAAAGGUGCUGUACCUGAUCUUCACCAUCGUGCUCCUCUUCUGGGCAUGCUUCCUGCCGUUCUGGAUCUGGCAGCUGCUGGGUCAGUUCCACCCCUCACUGCCCCUAUCCACCAAAGCCAAACGCAACAUCAACUACCUGACCACGUGUCUGACGUAUUCCAACAGCUGCAUCAACCCUUUUCUGUACACGCUGCUCACCAAGAACUACAGGGAGUACCUGAGGAAGCACAAGCGGUCCUGGAGUGCUGGCAGCUACUUCAACAGGAGUCGUCGCUUUCAGCGUUCGCCACGCAGGUCGCCAUCUUCCAGCAGUCAGCAGUGUACUGAGAGCUUUAUGCUCACACACACAGCCUCUCUGCGAGCACAUAACAGCAGCUUGUAAGAUAUGACUGAGCAAUGCUGGAAGAGGAAGAAAGGACAGGAAGAACCUGUUGGAGACCACACAAACACCAGCAGACCUUCAACUCCUCAUCACCACAACUGUGAAAGAGGAUGAAGAGGAUCGAGGGUACUUCUGUAUUUGCAGUUCAACACAUGGGGACCAGCAGGAACUGAAUGAGAAGCUGGUUGCUGCUGUUUGACACUGCAUAUACACCUUCACGUCUGUAUUUAUUUGUCACUCCCAGAACUUCCUGUGGCGUGACGAGAAAUAUCAGCAUCCUACGUAACUUUUACGCUUUCUCGUAUGUUUACCCUCCGUCCUUCUCACGGUGCUUUGUGUCAGCCUACAUUUAAAAGAGUCUUUGGAACUGUUAUUUCUUGGUGCUCGAGGAGUAGUGCUCUCAUUGACAACAGACACCAAGGGAGUAAUGCUGACACACAAGUGAGGUAAAGGCAACAUAUUGACUCAUAAGUGGUUUGAUUUACAAAAAAAAAAAGGAAAUUAUAUUGUAGCGUCAGUUAAGCUGAAGUAAAAAAAAGUGUCUGGCAUGUGAUAUUUUAAAUCCAUGACAGAGAAAAAAUGCAUGAAGCAGCUUCAGCUGUCACAGAAGACUGGUUUUGAAGGACAUCCAGAAUGUUUGUAUUUUAAUUUUAAGGCAGUGUUCAGACAAAACAGCACUGUGUGAAACACACAGCCCCUUCAUUCAUUUAAAGUGGACCACCAUGUCACUCCAGAAAAAAUGCAAGGGUUUCAAAGACAAAACUUGAACCUGGUUCAACGUAAUGUGACAUCAUCCAGCAGCAACUGUAACUGUGAUAUGAUAAAAUGAUCUCUCAUGGUAUAAUAAAUCUCUGUCCAGUGUUUUGGCAUAUGAUAAGCCUUCAAACAUAUAGAAACUCUUAGGGUCGAUAUCACAAUGACGUAAUUUUAUU